AUGGCCACGACACCGAUUACACAAGAAAAAGUGCAUAAAGCGAAACUGUCGAUCGAGAAUUUUUAUGCCAAUUUGAUUAAUCAAUAUGAAGAACGGGAAGAGAGAUAUCGUCGAUUGGAAGAAGUGAUGAAUGUGGAAGGUUUAUCGGAACAGGAGAAACUGGAAAAACGGCAUUCGCAUGCGACGAAAGAAACGGAAUAUCUACGUUUGAAACGGGUGAAGAUGAGUGCAGAUGAUUUCGAACCAUUGAAAGUUAUUGGUCGUGGUGCUUUUGGAGAAGUUCGUUUGGUACAAAAGCGCGAUACGGGCCAUAUUUAUGCGAUGAAAAUCUUACGAAAAGAAGAUAUGCUAUUACGUGAACAAGUUGCACAUGUUCGCGCGGAACGCGAUGUUCUUGUUGAAGCUGAUCAUACAUGGACAGUUAAAAUGUUUUACUCAUUUCAAGAUGCACGGAAUUUAUAUUUGAUCAUGGAAUUUCUUCCCGGAGGUGAUCUGAUGACACUGUUGAUUCAUAAGGAGAUUUUCAGCGAAGAUAUGACACAAUUUUAUGUUGCUGAAACAGCCGAAGCGAUUGAAUCUAUUCAUCGACUUGGAUUUAUUCAUCGAGAUAUCAAGCCAGAUAAUCUUUUACUUGAUGCCAAAGGUCAUAUUAAACUUUCGGAUUUUGGCUUAUGUACAGGUUUGAAAAAAGCACACCGAACCGAAUUCUAUCGGGAUAUUCAAAGCAUGCGACCGCAAGAUUUCACAGCUACUUCAGUUGAUUCCAAACGGCGAGCUGAGACAUGGAAGAAAAACCGUCGUGCCCUGCUUUAUUCUCCAAUCGAGGCCUAUUCAACUGUUGGUACGCCAGAUUACAUUGCACCGGAAGUUUUCAAACAAUGUGGUUAUAAUCAUAAAGCUGAUUGGUGGUCGUUGGGUGUCAUCAUGUACGAAAUGUUAAUUGGUUACCCACCGUUUUGUGCAGAAAAUCCUCAAGAAACAUUCCAAAAAGUCAUGAAUUAUCGUGAAACACUUGUUUUUCCACCGGAGAUUCCAAUAUCAAACGUUGCAAAAGAUCUGGUUCUCAAAUUUUGUACUGAUGCCGACCGACGUUUAGGCUCACUGGAAGAUAUUCGCAGUCAUUCGUUCUUUUUGGGCGUUGAUUGGGAUCAUAUACGCGAUCGACCAGCAGCUUAUCAGCCACGUGUUCGGUCCAUUGACGAUACGGCAAACUUCGAUGAUUUUCCUGAUGUGGAUCUCAAAUUACCAUCACCGGCCAAGGACAGUGAAGUUCAAGUUCAUGAUUGGUUAUUUAUUAAUUAUACUUAUAAACGUUUUGAUGGAUUAACUGCCAAGCCAAAAUUAAAAAUGCCUUCAUCAUCCACUAGCUGA